AUGCUGCUUGCUCCAAACUUCCUCACCUACGACAAUAAAUCCGGUGUCUGCAGCUCUAGAGACCACCGGUCAGACCAACUUAGCAUCGCCAAGGACAAUCUUGAAGCCGACCUUCUGGGGCUGAUGUGUAACCAGAUCGCUGCGCUCUCCACCAAGCAGCAGGCGCUGCAGCAGAGCUGCCGGCAAAUGGAGACGGAGCUAAAGGACCUAAACAGCUCCAUGACAACCCCUGAGAUGGCCAGAGAGAUCGAGGAGUUGAGGAAGGACUGCACGAGUUACACAGAGAAACUGGAGAGGAUUAAGUCUGCCACCAACCAUGUGACUCCAGAAGAAAAAGAGAAGGUCUGUAGCGAGCAGAAGCUGUACUGCAAGGAGUGGCGGAGGAGGAAGCGAAUGGCGACUGAGCUGCUGGAGGCCAUCCUGGAGGGGUACCCCAAAAGCAAGAAGCAAUUCUUCGAGGAGGUUGGGAUAGAGACAGAUGAAGACCAUAACAUCACGCUGCCGGCAGCCGUGUGAGCCUUUGCCCCAGGGAGGAGAAGGAGCUGAUGCUGAAACUCAGCUGUUGGGUGUUUUGGUGUUGUGUUUUGUUUUUUUUCCCCCCUUCUUUUUGCAAGGCUUGGCCUGGUCCCGCAUAUUUAUAUGCAUUUGUUUUAAAAAUGCUUUGCAGCUGGAAGGGUGGUUGGGGCCAGUGACUUGGCACUGGGCGCCCUCACCAUCUCACAUGCAGAGGGAACGUUAUUUCUUCCUGCCCUUCUGUGCAGCGAGCUGUUGAGGUCGGAUGUCCUCUUGGGUGCGUAGGGGAAGGUGUAGGUACACUGUUGUAGAGUCCCUGGUGUUCCAGUAAGAAAAGGAAGCGAGGUCCUCAGGGAGGCAGAUGACAAGCUCUGGCUACAGAGCUCCACGUGUAUUUCAGUUGCUUCCUGCAGUGGCACCUGGUAGUACACAAGCUCAGCAUCCAUUAAACACCAGGCUUUUGGUUCAGCUGUGCUUUGCUGUGGUGUUUUUCUCUGUUGAAAGCAGCUUGGGGCAGGGUUUGGGCUCUGGGUCACAGCAGCCCUGAGGGGUAGGGAAGGCAGGAGGGGGUAACCUAAGCCUAAUGGCUGGGUUGGGCUUCCAGAAACUGCCAGUCUGGCUGACUGGCUCUAGGGGUAGACUCCAGGAACUCAGUAACAGAAAUAAAAGCAAGAAAAAAAGAAUCAUUAAAACAUUCAGCAAAAUUUAUUUAAUUACUUUUCACAAUAGAAAAAUAUGUCGCUUUCACAUGUGAGGUCUGUAAAACUCCAGGGCAGGAGGCAGCUUCUGGCAGAGCAUCUCCAGGGGUUCAGCCGCAGAGCCCUAACCCUAACCUGCUCACCCAUGAGAGAGGAUUUUUCUUCAUCACAAAGCAACAUCUUUCAGGCAAGACACAGUUGCCCCUGUGCGUGCUUUAUCGGUCAUGUGCAUCACCACAGGGUUUGACUCUGGGGCUUCCAUUGCAUUGCAUUGAAAAGGGCACCUAAAGGCAGGGUUUGAAGACUAAUUCUGUUUAAAAAUAACACCCCCACCCACAGCCCAGAAUGGGUUCUCUGCUACUAAACGGGGGUAGAAGCAGUAGCCUAAACAUUCUCAUGCUGCAGCGUUCAAACCACAUAACCUGGAGCUGCGUGCUACCUCAUUGUCAGUGGAGAAACAGCGUAAAAUAAAUAUCCACUACCCCUGGAGCGGGAGCACGAACGCGAUUACAGAGAACAAAUCCUGCUGCCAGUGGCACCGUACUGGAGGAGCCGCGGUACAAUUGCGCUGCGUGGUGAACAAUCAUCGCUUGGGCAGUGGCUACACCACGCUGCAAAGGGUUUGGGUUGGCCAGAGCCACGACCCAUACUGACAGCAGCAGCAUCUGACUGGUUAAAAAGUGUCCCCGAGAACAUCUGCCUGCAAAGCUGACACUACUUCAGGAUGAUUUCAGCAAUUUAUAAAAACAACAAACAAACAAAAAAAAUCAAAUCAAGGCUGGUUAUGUGUAUGUAUCUAUAUAAAAGUUCUAAGGAGGAGCAGCGAGAGCCUGUGGUGGUGCUGUGCUACAGAGCUACUUUUUCCUGUUCAGUACUGGACACGACAAAACCCGAAGCCAAGAUGAAAACAGACACUGUUCAGCACCCACCAGCAUGAGCAGGAAAAGCCUGCGCAGAAAGCUCACUCCUGUCCCCAUCAGAGGAACUGUGGCUGCAGCCGAAGAGGUCACGUCUUAGCAAAUCCCCGGCACGUGCCACCAGCUCUGCACCGGGGAGGCAGCGGCUAUGCCAGGUAAGUGUCUCGGUGCCAGUGAUGGGCUCAGCCUUCAGCCAGCUCAGCCAGGCUUCCCCAAAGCAUCUACACAACUUAAAAAAAAAAACAACAAACCUGCCCCGGAAGAGCUCCUUCAGAGG